GGCGUAGGAAAAGAUGGUAGUAGGGCAUUAAAAAAAAUAAUAACAAUUUAAUCGUUUCAUUAUUGGGUGUUAACCAUACUAGUCAUUUAAACAAGCGGUUUUAUUUUCGUUUAAAACAAUGAAUUUUUCUUGGUGAAUUAAAUUAUAAGUCUGUGCUCCUUCGUUAAACUUUCCGUAUAAUGAUUCACAUCAUCGAUUUCUUUCUUGCCAGAUAGUAUACAUUUGUGGUGAAUCGCAUGAUCAUUAUACAAAAUGAAUCUCAUACCAGCUUUAUUGCUUUUUCAAUCAAUAGUUCUAAUUCAUACAGUAUUAGGAAUAGCUCCAUCUCCUCCGCGUAUUGUCAAGCAACCGCCCACCGGUGAAUUAUUGUUUCAAGUAGCUACAAAUCCGACAGAAAAUGACAGACCUUUUUUCAUUGAAUGUGAAGCGGAAGGAGAACCAGUCCCAACAUAUCACUGGAUUAAAAAUGGUAAACCUUUCGAGUGGAAUGUUUACGAUGAUCGUAUAUCUCAACAGCCUGGUCGAGGAACUUUGGUGGUAAACCGUCCUAGAAACGAAGAUCUUGGUCAGUAUCAGUGUUUUGCGAAGAAUACUUGGGGUAUAGCUACAUCGAAUUCGGUUUUCCUCCGUAAAGCUGAAUUGAAUUCGUUCAAAGAAGGACAGCCCACUUUGAAAGAAGCACGCGAAGGUGAACCGUUUAAAUUAUCGUGCCAGCCUCCCGAUGGUUGGCCGAAGCCGAAUGUCUACUGGCUAAUACAAGAUGCCAGCGGUCAGUUUAUAAACAUUAAUAAUUCCCGGAUAACAUUGGAUCCCGAAGGUACCUUAUGGUUUUCGAAUGUCACCAGAGGCGAUGAGUACGAAGAUGCGAUGUAUGCUUGCGCAGCUACUUCGCAUUUCAGAAAUGAAGUUAAACUUGGAAAUAAAGCAAUAUUAAAAGUACAUCAAACUGGUUCAGCUCCAGGACAAAACAAAAUUCCUCCGCAACGGCAGUACGCCACUAGAAGAAAAGAAGUCGCGAUACGGGAUAAAAAAGCACAAUUAUAUUGUAUUUUCGGUGGAACACCUUUGCCUCAAACCGUUUGGUCUAAAAAUGGUAAAGCUUUAAUCACUUCAGAUCGCAUUUCGCAAGGAAAUUACGGUAAAAGCAUAGAAAUCAAGCAUGUCACGCAGGAUGACGAAGGAGAUUAUACUUGCGAAGUGAGCAACGGUGUCGGUGAACCGCAAUCGUACACCAUUAAUUUGAGCGUUUUGGCCGAACCCUAUUUUACGGAAGAACCGGAAAACGUUCAUGCUGCCGAGGAUGAAACUGCCGAAUUUUAUUGUAAAGCUUCUGGAAACCCGGAACCGCAAAUUUAUUGGAUAUAUAACGGAAAACCUAUAGCAGAAGCUCCACCAAAUCCUAGACGCAAAGUUUCUACUAAUUCUAUUAUAAUCGAAAGAUUACAAAAAACCGAUACCGGCAAUUAUGGUUGUAACGCUACCAACAGCUUGGGAUAUGUUUACAGAGACGUAUUUGUCAAUGUAUUAGCCAUGGCUCCGGAUAUCAUCGAACCUCCUCGAGACGAAGAAACAGUUGACGGGCUUACGGUGACAAUGAAAUGUCGUGUGGUUGGUUCGCCAAAACCUCAGAUUAAAUGGAUCAAAGAUGAUAUCGAAUUGACCGGAGGUCGAUUUACCAUUUCGAAAACCGGUGAUUUGGAGAUAACCAAUGUCGGAUUUACCGAUAUAGGAAAAUACAUGUGUUACGCUCAGAAUAAAUUAGCAUCGGUGAACGCGACCGGAAGCUUACAAGUUCGACAACGCACGCAAAUUAAAGCCGGAAUGGGUCCCGUUGAUUACGAAGUAAAAGCUGGAGAACCGGCUACGUUUAGGUGCGCAGCUCAAAAAGACGACUCGUUAGAACUGACAAUCGAUUGGCAGCGUAAUGGACAAAUCAUUGACUUCGAAUCUGAACCACGUUUUGUUCGAACGAACGAUUACUCUUUGACAAUCACGAAAACUACUGAAUUAGAUUCUGGAACGUACACGUGCGUUGCUAGCACACGUUUAGAUAAUGCUACUGCUCAAGCUACGUUAAUCGUUCAAGAUAUCCCGAAUGCUCCAAAGUUGGCUAACGUAGCGUGUAACGCGAAAGAUGCUGAUAUUACUUGGAUGCCAAUGGGUGACAACCGAGCACCUAUUUUAAAUUACGUUAUUCAGUACAAUACUACUUUUACUCCAGAUACAUGGGAUACAGCUCAUGAUUCGGUUCCAGCUUCGGAUACUACGUACAAAGUUAAAAUGACACCUUGGGCAAAUUACACAUUCAGAGUAAUUGCUAAGAAUAAAAUUGGACCUUCUCCGCCAUCAGCACAUUCCGGUAUCUGUCGCACUGAUCCUGAUGUUCCGUAUAAGAACCCAGACAACGUGGUUGCUCAAGGUACUGAACCUUCCAAUUUGGUGAUAUCGUGGACGCCUAUGCCAAAAAUCGAACACCACGCUCCUCGUUUCUAUUACGAAGUUUGGUGGAAAAGAGAUAUACCCGGUAGUAAAUGGGACAAUGUUGCCAUAUCGAAAUGGGAGGUAGGAGAACACACAGUAAUCGGUACACCGACUUUUGAAAAAUACUUAGUCAAGGUUAUCGCCGGCAACGAACUUGGCCAAGCAAGAGUUAUCCCUGUAGAAGUCGAAGGGUAUUCUGGAGAAGAUGUACCAAUCGAAGGUCCGAAGAAUUUAAUCCUGGUACAAAACAUAUCAGCUACUACUGCGAAUGUAUCUUGGCAGGGUGUGGCCAAAGAGUCGAUGAGAGGGCAUUUCAAAGGAUACAGGAUACAAAUGUGGCCGGAUUACGAUCAACUGACAAGUAGAAUAAAAGAAGUGCUGAUACCUAAUAACGUCACCACUGCCAUCAUCGAUAAAUUAACUCCAAAUACCAGAAACAAAGUCCGAAUUUUGGCGUAUAAUGGAAAAUACAACAGUGCACCUAGUGAUGAUUUAAUUAUCGUUACUCCCGAAGGAGUACCCGAUGCCGUCCAAUCUUUAGAAGCAAUACCGUUAGGUAGUUCUGCGUUUUAUUUAAUUUGGAAACCUCCUAUCGAAACGAAUGGUGCCUUGACCGGAUACAAAAUCUAUUACCAAACCGUUGUUGGAACCGAAUUGGGUCCUUUACAAGAACGUCAUCCGCAAAUCGACGAUCCUAAUAAGACACGUGCCAAAUUAGCUGGCUUGGAACCAGGUACCAAGUACAGGAUUCAUAUCAAUGCUACUACUCGUGCUGGCGAAGGAGAAAAGUUCUCAAUUGAACAAAGAACCAGAGGAACUUUGAGCUCUCCACCAGUCAAACCAGAUUUUGAAGUUGAACGCUUUUACGUAGAUUCUGACAUUUUCUCAUCAGUGAAAGUCUCUUGGUUCCCAUGCGGUUAUUACAGAGAUCUCAGUACUUGUUCUGAAAAAUCGGUUGGAUCUCAUUUCUACGUUAAAUAUAGAUUAAAAGGCGAACCUCGAUUUGACCAAAUUACCGAAAUUAGCGAAGAUUACGUUAUCGUGCGGAGUUUAAGACCGAACGAAGUAUACGAAUUUAUUGUCGGUUCCGUCGAUGGUAAUUAUACUUCGGAAUCCGAUCCCAGAGAUGUUGAAACAUACGCAUCAGCCGACAAUCCUAUCGUACAAGCUAAAGAAAACAUGGCCACUGCCGGAUGGUUCGUCGGCAUGAUACUAGCUAUCGCAUUUCUCAUACUCGUCCUCAUACUGGUAUGCUUAGUGAAGCGUAACCGAGGCGGUAAGUACGUUGUACACGAGCGAGAAGCUGUAAACGGAAGACACGAUUACCCCGAAGAACCUGGUUUCCACGAAUAUUCGCAGCCGCUGGGUGGCGCUCCUCGUACCCGUGACUCAUUAAGUAGUGAAAAGAAACCAUCUCCGGAGAGUGAUACAGAUUCGAUGGCUGAGUUCGCCGAAGGUGAUACCGAUGGAAUGAACGAAGACGGGUCAUUUAUUGGCCAAUAUGGAAGGCAAAAAAGAGCUGGUGAAACCGCAUCUGCGGGAUUUGCUACGUUGGUGUAGAUCAGCUCGUUUUACCGAAGAUGGUUCUUUCAUUGGUCAGUAUGGCCACGGGAGUAGGAAACCUAACGAACAACAAUCUCCUUCUGCCAUUGCUACCUUCGUUUAAACGAAUCUCGUUCUUGUUUUAAUAAUUAUAGAAUUCGUCAUUAUUUUCACUUUAAUUUUAAUAAUUUUUGUUGUGAUGUUUUGCUUACGUUUAAAAAAAUGUAGAUUUACCUACGUUAAUUUUCCAGUAUUGACCAAAAUAUCGUGUGUGGUUAUUAUUAUUAUUGAAAAAAAAAAAAAUGAUGAAAAAAAAUAGAAAACAAAAAGAGCAAAAGCUAUUAGAGAGCUUUCCUUGUACUUCUUGCUUUCAGCGUUCCAAGCUAACUACGGUGUGUACAUACUGCCAAUUUAUUGUAUCUCUUUUUUUAUUCGUUAGUGAGAAGGUUUUUAUAUUUUAAGUUUUUAAUGUACUUGUAUUAUUCGAUGAAACAAUUGAAAUUGUAAUCCACGAGGUUAGAGCGAUUUUAGAAAUCGAUUAGUUUUUGGGUUUCCGUUAUUCUCUAACUUUAAUAUUUUUCGGUAAUGAUUAAUUUGUUCGAUUGGAAAAUUAACGAGUAAUUUUCAAAAUUAAAAUUUAUUAUUUUUUAAAACAUCUAACACUUCUCACGACUUACACGCCUUGCGAUUUUUAUUUUCGUUUAUUUUAUGUUUUAAAUCACUUUUUUUACUUUUUUAUUAUUUUUAACGUGAACUCGUAUCGGUAGAUUUUUUUCCUUUUUUUGUGUUAACAGAAUUAUUAUUUUGUUUCUAACCGAAUCUCUUCGUGUCAAUUCUCGACAUAAUUUUUUUUUAAUCGUAUCGUUAACAAAUUGGUCGUUUUUUCAACGUCCAAAAGUACUUUUUUUUAAUGCCUAACUUGGACGGUCUUAGAUGAUCAUUUUUUUCCUUUCUUUGUAUAGAGAAGAAACAUUCGAACUAGUCGGUUUUUAACCUUUUUCUUUUUUUUUACCCAUACAAGUUUCAAUUGUUCGAUGGUUCUGAGGUGACAAAUUAUUCAACCGCAUCGUCUGAAUGUGAAUUUCGUCACAAAAAUUUCUUCCAACAUUCUAUUAAUGUACUUUUAACUGUGAUAAAAAUACGAAAAGAGAAGUUUGUGUUUUGUUUGAAAUCUUUUUUUAAAUUAUUAUUUCUUAUUUCGAACGACGUAGUGGUAUCUAUGUAAGCUUUUUUACGUAUCUUUUAUUUUUCUCUUUAAAAAUUUGAGUUUUGAAAUUUUCAAGUAGAGCAGAGGUCCUUUAAAAGAGCUAAUGUAAAAAAUAUCGAACAUAAUCGUAUCAAUAGCAUUGUUGUAUUGUUGCUUUUAUUUAUAAAAAAAAUAUUACGAGUGUGAAAUUUGAAAAAAAUAACGUGUUAUUCGCUAUACUAUUACGUUUCAUGUUAUUAUUAUAAAUUUUACGAACAGGGUUGUUAACGUAUGCUUUAAUGUGUGUAUGUGUGGUUUUUUUUCUAUUUUCUUCUUUUUUUUUUUUGUUACAUUGUUGUUGAUCAUGUUUUAGCACUAUGCUUAAUCAGAUAUCGGUAUUGUUGUUAAUUUUUAAGCCAUCAGUUAUAACCAUCUUUUUGCCUGUAUUAGUUACAAUCUUGUUGGUCUCUCGAGUAUUAUUCGUUCAUUUCGUGGCGGUUUAGAUUGUUAAUUUGUGCAAUAAGCAUUUUUUUUUCUUUUGGGACUGAAAUAUUUGAGAGUUUUUCUCAAAACAUUUCUGAAGAGGUAGCUUUGCUUUAUGUUGCUAUUUUAGGGACCAAGAUUUACUCUUUAUUUGAUCGGUCGUUGGAUGCAUUUUCUCUCCAAAAUUAUAACUUUCUUGUUUUCCAUGAACACUACGUAUAGAUUCAAAAAUCAAUGUUUACAAAUUUAUAAUUUACGGCUCAAUAUUUCAAAUUGCGAUCAAAAUUUAUUAUAAAAUUGUGUUCAAAAUUCAAUCGUAGUUGAUAAGGUGAUUAUGUAGUGACGAAAUUGAAUCUCAUUUCCAUGGCCAGGUCUCUCUCUUUCCCUCUCCGAUUUUCACGUAUCGGUGAAAUGUGAUUUUUGACGUCGGCAUUUUCUGAUGUAAAUUACAUUUUUCCUGCCUCACUCGUCCCUUCCUUUUCCUGUUUUUCUUAAUCAUCGUGUAAAUAUACCUUAUUUGUUUUAUAAAGUGGCUUUAACGAAAACUCGAAACAUCACCGUUUUUUAUGUGUUCUUGUGAAUUGUAUCGUCGUGUUGUUUCGACUUACACGUGUGUCACUUUGUGUUACUGUGCAAAAGACGUGAUAUUUUUUUGACUCGUUGGCCUUUUUUGUUUCUAUUGCGUGAAAGCUUCGAUAGCAAUACGACGUAUUGGAAAAAUAACACGUCUUUGGCUUAUGUAGUUUGAAUGUUACGUGCAUCGUAAUUAGUGCCUUAUGAGUCUUCAUUUUCUUUUUCUAAGCUAUCGCGUGUUUUUUAGUGCAUUUCCCGCUUAUUAUUCAUUUACCCAGGUUUUGGUAGUAUUAUUAACUUGUAACAAAAUCAGUAUUCUCCUACGUUAUUUUUUUUUUCUUUAUUUAUUUCGUUCUUCGUUUUGCUUUUUGAUAUGUGUACCAACUUUCUGUAUCGUAGGUUUUAUAGAGUUUUUAUUUGUAUUAAAAAAAAGUAUUUUUUUGUAGGAAAUUGAGAGUUACUUUUAUGUUUUUACGUGUAUAUUUUUUUUAAGUUUUAAUUUAUUCGGAGUAUUGUAAAUAUAGCGACUUUUUAUGUUUAUUCAGCAGAAAUACUUAUUUAAUUUUUAUCAAAUGCACGCUUUUAUACAUUCCAUAUUUAUUCGUUUUUAUUAGUUUCUAACGUACCCAUUUUUUUCGUUUUCGUUUAUUUUUUUUUCAAUUUUUUUUUUUUACUUUGUUACAUCUUCAAUGAUAGCCUUUACGUAUCAAGAUUAUUUAAUUGUCGCACCAUAAUGUAAUAAAACAUCUGUUAAAAACACCUACCUAUAUGUUAUGUUUAGAGUAUGCAAUUUUUGACAGCCGAAAUAAAAUUCUUGUAAUGAAAUUGAA